AUGUAUUAUUAUGAAGAAAAAAGAAAAUAGGACGAAAUCUAUACACCUAAAUACAACUAAAAAGAUUAAUAUUACUAACAAUCAAAAUGUUAUCAAUCAAAUUAAUAGCCCUAAAAGGUACAGAGAAAUACUUAAUAAAGAGAAUAAAGAAUAAUAGAAUAGAAGAAAAUUGAGAGAAAAAAUGAAAAAUAAAUUCAGAAAUAAAAAAAAGAAUAAUUCAACCUUUUUUUUUAGACAAUUUCGGAUAAAGAUCAAAAUAAAGUUAUUUAAGAAUUAUAUAAUCAAAAUAAUCUUAAAGAUCUAUUUUUCAAUUUAAGAAUAUGUGCGAACUCAUAUGAUUCAUAUACUAGUUUAAUAAAAAAUUUAAGAGAAGCAUAUUAAUAAAAUUUUAAUGUGAUACUUAGCUGUUCAAACUUUAACACUAUAAUUUUCUAGAGAUGCACUUUGCUAUAAUUAUAUCAAAACUCAAUUGAAGAUUUGGAUUAAAAAUUGAUAGAUUUGUAUCAUUUAUUUUUCACUAUGAAAGAUCUUGAUUAUCAAGCCCUAAAGCAAUCUAGCAUUGCUAGUGUAUACAAUCUAUUAAAAAUCAUAGAAGUAUAUAACCCCAAGCUUUAAAGUAAAAUAAGUUCAAUAUGUAAUAAAUUUGAUAAACUUUUAAAUUAAAUAUACUCCUCCAACUAAUUUUUAGAAUGGUAGUAAAUUCCAAUUUAUCCUGUAGCUUUAGAAUUUUUUCCUAAUUCUGGUAUGCACAGUUAAUUAUUUGGGAAAUUAGAAAUUCUUUCUAAAGAAAAUACAAAUGUUCAUAGAUAUAUUGAUUAUCAUUUUAACCUAUUAAGAGAAGAUUACGUAUUAGAAUUUAAAGAAGCAAUAAUUAGUUUAAAUGAAUUAGGAUUUGAAAAUAUUGACAAAUCAAAAACAAGUCAAAUAAAGUUGUAUCAUGAUUUAGAAUUGUUAUAAGUAAAUAUGAAUAAUUUUGAAAUCAUGUGGAAAAUUUAAGUGAAAUAAUUUAAUUUUGAUGGAAAAGGAAUGAAAAAAAUAAAUUGGGAAAAAUCUAAUAUACUAAUGCCUGGUUCAUUAAUAUGUUUAACUAAUAUAGAAUGUUAUCCAUUAAUAUUUGGAGUAAUAACAAAAAGGGAUAAAUAUUAAUCUGAAUAUGAAUAUGGUUUAAUAUAAUUAGAAUUUUCAUUUAUUGAUCCUAAUACAUCAAUAAUGCAAUUUUUUAAUUUAUUCUCUUAAAAAACAAUACUCAUUUAAUUUGAUGGUUUGGUUGAACCAAUACACUACUAUUUAUAAGCUUUGAAAUCAAAAACAAGUUUACCCUUUUAAAAUAUUAUUGUUGAAAAUUAAAACGAUGUUAAAUACCCUGAAUAUUUAAAUAAUAAAUAGAAAUUUGAAAUUGAUCUUUCAAAAAAUGAUUAAUAUAGAGGUUAUAUCUUCAAUAUAUUGAAUCCUAUAUGGCCAGAAUUAAACUCAACUUUGGAUGGAUCUCAAUUAAAUGCAAUUAAAAUAAUGCUUUAAAAAUAAGUAGCUUUAAUCUAAGGUCCUCCUGGAACAGGUAAAACCUAUUGUGGAGCUCUCGCUGUUAGAAUACUUUAUCAAAAUUUACUGAAUAAUAAUUUUCCUAUAUUAAUAGUUUGUUAUACAAAUCAUGCCUUGGAUUAGUUUUUAGAACAUAUAAUAAAAUUUGUUCCUAUCGAAGAUGUGGCAAGAUUGGGAGGAGCUUCAAAACAUCCAGAAUUAUAAAAAUGUUAAAUUAGAUGUAGAUAGAAAAUUGACUUUGAAUUUUAAAUUUUCAACAAGUUGAAAUAGAAAAUCAGCAAAUUAAUUGAAAGAAUGUUAAAAUAUGAUUAUAUAAUUCGACCGAAAGAUAUUAAAAAAUAUUGGCCAGAGCUAUAAAAUAUCAUUAUUAAAAAAUUCAUUGAGGAUAAUGAUUUAAAUUAUGAAUUUUUUAUUAAUUAGUAAGAAUAAGACUAAUUGGUGAAUUAUUGGAUUGAAUGUGAUAAUUCAGAAGAUGAUACACUUGAAAAUAGCUAAUAAGAUGAAAUGUCUAAUUAUUUUAAAAUGGAUCAGUUUUAUUAAGAAUCUGAAUAAUUUAAGCAUUUAAUAAAAAGUGACUGUUUAUAAUAAUAGUAGUUUUAUAGUGAAGAUGAGGAUUUAAAUAUUUAUUUAGAUUCAGAUGAUGAAGCACACUCUUAUAAUAAUUAUUAUAAAGAAGCUAAUUUUGAUCUAAUUGCUGUGGAUAAUGCAAUAAAAUAAUUUAAUGAAAAGUAACAAAAUUUUUAAUUACUUCAUUAUGAUGUUUAAUCAAUACAAAAGAUAAUUAAUUAUGUUUUUCAUCAAAAAGGUAAUCCUUGGUAUUUAAAUCCUAAUGACAUAGAAUAGAUCUUAAUUUAUUUAGAAAGUCUUAGAUAUUAAAAUGAUAGUGUUAAAUUUAGUCGUUUAUAUCAAUAAUUUAUAGAUUUAUCUAAUAAUCUUAAAGAAUUAUAUGAUGAAAAUGAAAUCAAAAUAUUGAAUAGUAUGAAAAUAGUAGGAGUAACAGUUACUGGUGUUGCUAAAUAAGCAAAAAAAUUAGAAAAAUUAAAUACAAAAAUUAUGAUUAUAGAGGAAGCUGCUGAAGUUUUGGAAUCUCAUGUUGCUAGUAUACUUACUAAAAAUUUAUAACAUUUGAUUCUAAUUGGAGAUCAUCAAUAAUUAAAACCAAAAUUAAAAAAUUAUUCCUUAUAAAUGAAAUUAAAAAAUGCUGAUGUAUCUUUAUUUGAAAGAUUAUUUUUUAAUGACAUUCCAAGUGCUAUACUUACUUAAUAAAGAAGAAUGAAAUCUAAAUUUGCAGAUUUUAUACGAUUAAUAUAUAGUAAUUCAUAUUAAGAUCAUCCAGAUAUUAAUAAAUAAAAUAAUAUUGAAAUUCAAGGUUUGGAGAAAGAUUUAGUGUUUUUUAAUCAUAAAUGGCCUGAAGCCUCAAAUGAAAAAUCAAAAGAAAAUAAAUUAGAAGCUUAAAUGAUAUUUGAAAUGGUUCAAUAUCUUUGUAAGUGUGGUUAUUAAUAAACUUAAAUUAGUGUACUUACUUUAUAUUUGAGACAGGCUUAAGUAUUAAAAAGUUAAUUUUUUAAAUCUGGAUAUAAUAAUAUAAUAGUAUAAACAGUAGAUAAUUAUUAAGGAGAAGAAAAUGAUAUUGUGAUAUUAUCUUUAGUAAGAAACAAUUAAAAUAAUAAAUUAGGAUAUAUUUAAAUAGAAAAUCGAAUUAAUGUAGCUUUAUCAAGAGCAAGAAUAGGUUUAUACGUAUUUGGAAAUUUUGAUUUUAUUUAUAAAGCUUCAAUCAAUGGUAGUUUAUGGUAAAAAAUAAUAUAAUUGGCUANAUUUUGAUCUAAUUGCUGUGGAUAAUGCAAUAAAAUAAUUUAAUGAAAAGUAACAAAAUUUUUAAUUACUUCAUUAUGAUGUUUAAUCAAUACAAAAGAUAAUUAAUUAUGUUUUUCAUCAAAAAGGUAAUCCUUGGUAUUUAAAUCCUAAUGACAUAGAAUAGAUCUUAAUUUAUUUAGAAAGUCUUAGAUAUUAAAAUGAUAGUGUUAAAUUUAGUCGUUUAUAUCAAUAAUUUAUAGAUUUAUCUAAUAAUCUUAAAGAAUUAUAUGAUGAAAAUGAAAUCAAAAUAUUGAAUAGUAUGAAAAUAGUAGGAGUAACAGUUACUGGUGUUGCUAAAUAAGCAAAAAAAUUAGAAAAAUUAAAUACAAAAAUUAUGAUUAUAGAGGAAGCUGCUGAAGUUUUGGAAUCUCAUGUUGCUAGUAUACUUACUAAAAAUUUAUAACAUUUGAUUCUAAUUGGAGAUCAUCAAUAAUUAAAACCAAAAUUAAAAAAUUAUUCCUUAUAAAUGAAAUUAAAAAAUGCUGAUGUAUCUUUAUUUGAAAGAUUAUUUUUUAAUGACAUUCCAAGUGCUAUACUUACUUAAUAAAGAAGAAUGAAAUCUAAAUUUGCAGAUUUUAUACGAUUAAUAUAUAGUAAUUCAUAUUAAGAUCAUCCAGAUAUUAAUAAAUAAAAUAAUAUUGAAAUUCAAGGUUUGGAGAAAGAUUUAGUGUUUUUUAAUCAUAAAUGGCCUGAAGCCUCAAAUGAAAAAUCAAAAGAAAAUAAAUUAGAAGCUUAAAUGAUAUUUGAAAUGGUUCAAUAUCUUUGUAAGUGUGGUUAUUAAUAAACUUAAAUUAGUGUACUUACUUUAUAUUUGAGACAGGCUUAAGUAUUAAAAAGUUAAUUUUUUAAAUCUGGAUAUAAUAAUAUAAUAGUAUAAACAGUAGAUAAUUAUUAAGGAGAAGAAAAUGAUAUUGUGAUAUUAUCUUUAGUAAGAAACAAUUAAAAUAAUAAAUUAGGAUAUAUUUAAAUAGAAAAUCGAAUUAAUGUAGCUUUAUCAAGAGCAAGAAUAGGUUUAUACGUAUUUGGAAAUUUUGAUUUUAUUUAUAAAGCUUCAAUCAAUGGUAGUUUAUGGUAAAAAAUAAUAUAAUUGGCUAAGAUUAAGGAUUAUUUGAACGAUUAUAUUAAUACUAAAUGUAUUCCCCAUGGUAAUCUACAAAAAAUAAAGUACCCUGAAGAUUGGAAGAAAAUUAAACCAUUUUUUUGUAAUAAAAAAUGUCUAAAAAUGUAUUCUAAUUGCAAUCAUUUAUGCAAUUUGGAUUGUCAUAUCAGUGAUUACCAUUCAGAAGAAUCCUGUCCAUUUUAAUGUGAUCGAGUAAUGUAAUGUGGACAUAAAUGUAAAUUAUUAUGUAAAGAUAAAUGCUAAUGCAAAGAAAUAAUUGAUUUAUAAUUGUCUUGUGAACACCAAAUAAAAACAAUUUGUGGAACAAAUCCUUAAACAUAAAAAUGUUUAAAAGAGGUUUAAAUAUAAUAUCCUAAAUGUCUUCAUAUAAAAAAAUUUAUUUGUUAUCAAAGGGAUAAUUAUAUAUUUUGUUAAUAACAAUGCGAAAGAAUUCUUAACUGUGGGCAUACUUGUAAUAAAAUUUGUUAUGUUGAUUGUGGAAAUUGUAUGUAGGAAUGUAAUAAAGUAAGGCCAUGUGGACAUAAAACUAAAUGCAAAAAUUUUUGUUAUGAAGAUUGUUCACCUUGUGAUUUUCCAGUUUAGACUGAAUUAGACUGUGGACAUACAAUUGAAUUUCCAUGUAUUUCAUAGAAGAAAGAUUAAUAAAAUCAUAUAUGCUAAUAAAAUUGUAGAAAAAAGAGAGAAUGUGGUCAUUAUUUAUAAAUUUGUGAAAAUAAAUGUCAUGAAUAAUGUUCCCCAUGUUAUUUUUCAAUAGAAAAAUAAUUAAAAUGUGGUCAUUAUGUAAUUGUAAAUUGCUUUGAAGCUGAUAAUAAAGAAUAAGAAAUCAGAUGUAUAGAAGCAUGUCAAAAACCAAGAUAAUGUGGACAUGAUUAAGCCUGUCUAAAUAAAUGUUAUUAAGAAUGUUCACCUUGUUAAGUGAUGAUACCAAAAAUACUUAACUGUGGACAUUCAAUCUAAAUAGAAUGUUAUAAAUAAAAUUAAGAAUAUUAAUGUUAAUAAACAUGUACUAGAAAAAGAGAUUGUAAUCAUGAUUAAUAAUGCACAAAUUUAUGUUAUGAAUAAUGUUCACCAUGCAUUUAAAUAAUUAAUCACACUUUGCCAUGUAAUCAUAAUCAUUAUUUUGAAUGUCAUUCAUUUAACAUCUCACUUCAAUAAUUUAUUUGUCAUGAACCGUGUUUAUUAUAAAGAUCAUGUGGCCAUACUAGUGUAUGUUUAUCAAAAUGUUAUGAAAAUAAAUGCUCCCCAUGUUUAUAAAUAGUAAAUAAAAAGUUAGAUUGUGGACACAUAAUAGAAAUAAAAUGUUGUGAAUUUUAAUAAACAUAAAUAUGCUAAGAGCCCUGUAAUAAAAUUAGAGAAUGUGGUCAUAUCAAUCUAUGUAAAAAAUUAUGUAUUGAACCAUGUUAACCAUGUGAAUAAGCUUUUCUAAAGACCUUACCUUGUAGUCAUUAGUGUCUUGUUAAUUGUUAUUAAUAAUCCUAACCUAUUAAUUGUAAAGAAAAUUGCAUAAAAAUUAGAGAAUGUGGUCAUUAUUAUCCAUGUACUAAUUUGUGUUUUGAAACUUGUACACCUUGUAAAUCAGUAGUAUUAUAGAAACUUAAAUGUGAACAUUAUAUUGAUAUUGAAUGCAGUUAAAUUUCUCUUGUUUAAUUGAAUUAUAAAUGCUCUUAAUAGUGUAUUAAAACCAGAAUGUGUGGUCAUAAUUAUCCUUGUUAUAAUAUUUGUUACACUAAUAAUGAAUGUACUCCUUGUUAAGCUAACAUUUAAAAAAAUUUAGUUUGUGGUCAUUAAUUCUAAAUCAAGUGCUUUUAAAGGAUGUAAAAAUUUAAUAUAUUAUGUGAUAUGCCUUGUAAAAAAUAAAGAUCUUGUGGACAUAAUAUAUCUUGUCAAAAUAAAUGUUAUGAACCUUGCUCACCUUGCACUUAACUAUGUGAGGUUGUCUUAAAAUGUGGUCAUUAUUAAUCUAUUAAAUGCUUUUAAAAAGAUGAUUAAAGUGUAUUGAAUAAAAUAUAAUGUUUAUUCCCAUGUACAAAAAAAAGUAAUUGUGGUCAUAAUUCUAAUUGUACAAAAUAAUGUUAUUAAUAAUGUGAUCCAUGCUCAUAAUAGGUCUAAAUACUUUUAAAUUGUGGUCAUUUUUACAAAGCUUUUUGUUAAUAGGAUCCAAAUACUAUUAAAUGUUAAGAACUUUGUAAAAUUUAAUUAAACUGUGGUCAUCCUUGCUAAUAAAUUUGUGGAACUCCAUGUUUAAGAUGUGAAUAGAAAAUUCUUAAAAUAUUCCCAAAAUGUUUUCAUCAACUUGAAAUAAAAUGUUAUGAAAAUAAUUAAAUUUUACUAUGUUAAUAAUAAAUUUCAGUUAGUAAAUCUUGUAACAACCAUUUUGCUUAGAUUAAAUGUUGUGAACAAGAUUAAUCUAUUUUAGAAUGUCAAGAAUGCAAAAAUAAAAAUUGCAAAAUAUUUUGA